GUGUGUGUGUGUGUGUGUGUUUAGCUUUCUGCUUCUACAAAAUGUUCUAAACGUUGAUUUCGAGACACCAAUAAAUACUCAGAUGCCUGACACAAAUUUACUUUAAUUAAUUAAACACUAUAUUUCAAUUAAAUAUAUUAAUUCGUUAAUUGAUAUCAACCAGUUAAUCCGGGCAUUUAUUUUCUAAUGGCGUACGAAACAGCUUGGGAUCGGCUCGUUCUUCCUCACUUUGAUCUUAUAGUAGCAAGAAUGACUCCCAAAUGUUUCUUGGACAAGCUCGUGGCGAAGGGUCUGAUCAACAGACGAGAGUACGUUGAGUUGAAAGGCCAGACAGCAGCAGAUCAAGUGCGCACGCUUCUCAUUGAGUGGAUGCCGACCAGAGCACCGACUGCGUACGAGGAGUUUCGUCAGGUACUCAAGGAUACGCCAGAACAGAGCUAUCUCGUUGAUCAGUACUUUCCAGCAGAUGAGAAUCCAAAUGAUCAGAGAGAUCUGCAACACAUACAAAAUGCUCAAAGUCGCGUGGUAUGUGAUGGUCAAAGUCAAGAGAGACACAACGGCAUCAAUCGACAAGGCACAAGCAUCACAACUCGAAGUGAUGCUUUGGCUAAUGCCCAACACUUACAUCUUUCAAAAGACGUUACUACUGAUGCUUUGGGCACAACAUUGACGGAUGCGACCGCAGGUACACCUGAAGUCUCGGAUGAUGACAUGCAAGCCGUAUUAUCAUCAAGUUUAGAUUCAGUCAUUAGAGCUAUCAUUACCUAUGGAGCCGACCAAUAUUUUGAUAUCGGGAUAGAACUGAAAUUGAAUGGAUCUCAGAUCAAUUCCACAGUGGCGUCUAUCCCCUCUUGCCCUGGAAAACUUCGUGCCAUCAUCGAGAGACAGAAAUCGGCAAUAGGAGACGAUGCCCUACGCCAACAACUAGUAGAUGCGUGUUGUAGACUCUCUCCUCCCAUAAUAGCAAAUGUAGUACGAUACCUGACGAACUGAAUGUUUAUAGUGACGUCAGAUUUUAUAGUGACAUCAGACUUGUUUAUAGUGACGUCAGACAUCAAUGACGUCAGACAUGUUUAUAGUGACGUCAGACAUGUUUUAGUGACGUCAGACGUGUUUCUAGGGAAAGUUGUAGUGUAAACAGUCGAGAAACGUCGACUUGACUUUGUUGUACUGUGCUUGCAAUCAAUUUUCCAUUUUCAGGCUAAAAGUUUGCAGUAGCUUUCGUUUGGAAGACACUCAAUUUUAAUAUAUUUUAUCGUUGCAGCUAGA